AUGAAUAAAACGUACAAUUCAAGAAGUGUGAGUUCAGAUAAUCAUGUAUCAUAUGAUUCCACUGAGUUUCAUGUGGGACCAGGUGUUAAUAUGGAUGAUCUUAAGAUGACAGAAGAUUGGGAAGAUCGUCCAGCAAGUGAAUGGUCAGUACAACGGAUUGGUAUAUUAGAAUCAAAGAUUGAAGCAUUUACAUAUCAGAUAUUCAGAAGUAACAAAUAUGGUAAACAUAAUUUAUCAAAAGUGAUACCGAAAUUUAAACUUGUAGAAUUUGCAAAUGAAGCGUUUGGCCAUGAUGGUUGGUCUAUUGAUGUUUUAGAUGUACAAAUAACCGAAUCUACUAUUACGCCGAAUCAGUCAACAGAAAAUUUUGAAAUGAUGUUAACAGAUGAUGAACACAUAAUGCAUAAUGUAAUAGCUGAAGCAAAAGUUAAAGUUACUUUAAAAGACGGUACAAAUACUCAAGUUGGAGGUAUAGGAAGAGCUGUAUUACCAAGUAAAGCGAUGAGUUUUGCUAAAGCAAAAAAAGAAGCAAUUAGUGAUGCAUUGAAAAAAGCUAUAUUAGGUUUUGAAAAUAUAAUAAUGGAAUAUAAUAGAAAAGUUCAAAGUAAUUAUUAUGUUGAUGGAUUAUAUGUUUCAAAGAUAAAGCAGGAAUCAUAUAACCCUUUAGGUGUUACUUUAAAUGAUCCUAAAUUAUGA